UCCUGUAGAAUUCUCUAACCCCGCAAUCUGCGUGAGAUGGUUCAGUCCAGCUGCAAGAGCCCAGUCUCGAUGCAUUGGGAUUUUUCUCAGCGCCGACACGAAGUGAAUCUUCCUUUUAAAACCAUCUGAUACAGAGGCUGCCAAAAAUCCUGCCAUGAGCGCCGCGUUGAAAUCGGACGGAACAGGACUUUUAAGGACUGCUUGCAGAUGUACAUAUAGCGAACCGAAGAAAUCGGAAGGAAUAAGGAUUUUCGCUCUAAUGAAGGCGGGAGUACAUUCGCAUCAUUGGAGCCGGGUUCUGUUCUUGUAUAUGGGGCUACUGGCUGCAUCGGUUAAGGCUCAAAACUGCAGUUACACACUAUAUAGUCCAAAUGGAACAGUAGAAAGCCCUGGAUACCCAUAUGGAUACCCAAACUACGCCAACUGCACAUGGGUGAUUGUGGCACAGGAACACAACCGGAUACAGUUGGUAUUCCAAGGAUUUGCUUUAGAAGAGGACUUUGACAUACUCUCUGUGUAUGAUGGACAGCCAAGCCCUGGAAAUCUGCGAACCCGGUUAACAGGCUUCCAGCUCCCUCCCCCCAUCGUCAGUUCUGGAGCAAGACUUACACUCUGGCUACUGUCAGACUAUGCUGUGAGUGGCCAGGGCUUCAAAGCAGUCUAUGAAGCCCUUCCCAGCUACACCUGUGGCAACCCUGGCCAGCUGCUCAACGGCCUCCAACAGGGCUCCACCUUUAACAUUGGGGACAAGAUCCGCUACAGCUGCAGCCAGGGCUACGUGUUGGAGGGCCACACCGUGCUUUCCUGCCUGGCCACGUCCUCAGGCACCGCCGCAUGGGACUUCCCCCUGCCCUACUGCAGAGCGGACGACGGCUGUGGCGGCACCCUCCGGGGUCAGAGCGGUGUCAUUACCAGCCCCAACUACCCCCAGGAGUAUGACAAUAAUGCUGACUGUACGUGGACUGUGCUGGCUGAGCCAGGAGACACCAUCGCCCUGGUCUUCACCGACUUCCAGCUAGAGGAGGACUAUGACGUCCUGGAGGUCAGCGGCACAGAUGGCUCCUCCCAGUGGUUCACGGGCCCUAACCUUCCCUCUCCCAUCAUUAGUGUUAAGAACUGGCUGCGGCUCCACUUCACUUCAGAUGGAAACCACAAGCUUAGGGGCUUCAGUGCUCAGUACCAAGUAAAGAAGAUGACAGAGCUGAAAUCAAGAGGGGUGAAGAUGCUCCCAAGUAAAGACAACCAGAGCAAGAUUUCAGUCCUGUCCCAAAUGGGUGUGGCACAAGGGCACAACAUGUGUCUGGACCCAGGAAUCCCAGACAGGGGGAAAAGAAAAGGUUCUGACUUCAGGCGUGGAGCCACGGUUCACUUCUCCUGCGAUGAAGGCUACGAGCUCCAGGGAUCCAAGAGCAUCACCUGCAUGCGUGUCACCGACAGCUACGUGGGCUGGAGUGAUGAUCGGCCCAUCUGCAGAGCGCCCAUGUGUGGUGGUCAGCUUCGUGGACCUAACGGUGUUAUCACAUCUCCAAACUUCCCAGUCCAAUAUGAUAACAACGCCAACUGCACCUGGGUCAUUACAGCUUCAGACCCUUCCAAGGUGAUAAAGCUGACCUUUGAGGACUUUGACUUGGAGCGUGGCUAUGACACUCUAACGGUGGGGGAUGGAGCCGUAAUCGGCGAUCAGAGAACCGUCUUUCAUGUGCUUUCAGGAACCACUACUCCAGACCUGGUGGUCAGCACCAGUCACCAGAUGUGGCUCAAUUUCAAGACCGAUGACACCAGUGGCUCAUUAGGUUUCAAGGUAUCAUAUGAAGAAAUUGACCAGGGUGGGUGUGGAGACCCUGGAAUUCCAGCCUAUGGCAAGCGAGAGGGCUCAGGCUUCCGGCACGGGGACAGGCUGUACUUUGAGUGUCUGCCUGCCUUUGAGUUGGUGGGAAAAAAGAACAUCACAUGUCAAAAGAACAACCAGUGGUCAGCCAAGAAGCCCAGCUGCGUUUUCUCCUGCUUCUUCAACUUCACCACUCCGUCUGGGGUCCUGUUGUCACCCAACUACCCUCAGGAGUAUGGCAACAACAUGCACUGUGUGUGGCUGAUCAUCGCUAAGCCCGAAAGCCGCAUCAACCUCGCCUUCAACGAUCUCAGUAUGGAGAAGCAGUUCGACUUCCUGUCCAUCAAAGACGGGGGCAAGGCAGAGUCGCCCAUCCUGGGCACCUUCUCGGGUGACGUGCUGCCAUCACCCAUCACCACCAGCGGGCAUGUGGCUCGGCUGGAAUUCCUCACCGAUCACACAUACACUGACCGUGGCUUCAACAUCACCUUCACAACGUUUCGGCACAAUGAGUGCCCUGACCCAGGCGUACCUGUCAAUGGGAAACGCUUUGGCGAGAGCCUGCAACUGGGUAGCUCUAUCUCCUUCCUGUGUGAAGAGGGCUUUGUAAAGACCCAUGGCUCCCAGACCAUCUCCUGCAUCCUCAAAGAUGGCAAUGUGGUGUGGGACAAUGCCAUGCCACGCUGUGAAGCCCCAUGUGGUGGAGAUUUGAAAGCGCCAAAUGGGAUCAUUCUGUCUCCGGGCUGGCCUGAGCUCUAUAAAGAGGCCCUUAACUGUGAGUGGAUCAUAGAGGCUCCACCUGGAUACCCUAUCAAGAUCAUCUUUGACAAGUUUCGUACUGAGGUGAAUUACGAUGUUCUAGAGGUGCGUGAUGGGCGUUAUCCCUCUUCACCUCUGAUUGGGAGCUACCAAGGUACCCAAGUGCCCCAGUUCCUCAUCAGCACCUCCAACUUCCUGUACCUACUCUUCUCCACUGACAAAAGCCACUCGGACAUUGGUUUCCGAAUCAGAUAUGAAACCUUACAGCUGCAGUCUGACCACUGCGUUGACCCCGGGAUCCCAGUCAAUGGCCAACGCCAUGGGAAUGAUUUCUAUGUGGGGGCACUCGUGAUGUUCAGCUGUGAUGCGGGAUACACACUCAGUGACCCCGAGGCCCUGGAGUGUGAGCCGAACUUCCAGUGGAAUCGACCCCUCCCCAGCUGUGAUGCUCUCUGUGGUGGCUUUAUUCAGGGAAACUCUGGAACCAUUCUGUCACCUGGCUUUCCAGACUUCUACCCCCACAACCUCAACUGUACCUGGAUAAUCGAGACCUCACAUGGCAAGGGUGUGCUGUUCACCUUCCACACCUUUCACCUGGAGAGUCCUCAUGACCACCUGCUGGUGACGGAGAAUGGCAGUUUCUCGCAUCCUUUGUGGAGGCUCACAGGCUCCACUCUGCCUCCACCCCUUAGUGCUGGCCUGUUCGGGAACUACACGGCUCAGAUCCGCUUCCUCUCUGAUUUCUCGGUGUCUUACGAGGGCUUCAACAUCACUUUCUCGGAGUAUGAUCUAGAGCCGUGUGAAGACCCUGGUGUUCCGCCCUUCAGUACCCGUAAGGGGCUGCAGUUUGGGGUGGGGGAUGCACUCAUCUUCUCUUGCUUCCCUGGCUACCGGCUGGAGGGGCCAGCGAGGGUGGUGUGUUUAGGGGGGCGGCGCCGGGUCUGGAGUUCCCCUCUCCCAAGGUGUGUUGCUGAAUGCGGUUCCUCUGUCACUGGGAAACAAGGAGUUCUUCUCUCACCAAACUACCCGGGUUACUAUGGCAACAAUCACGAGUGCAUCUACUCCAUCCAGACCCAGCCUGGCAAGGGCAUCCAGCUCCGGGCUCGUGACUUCCGCCUGGAGGAGGACGACAUAUUGAUGGUGUACGAUGGCAACAGUAACCGUGCCCGCUUGCUGGGUGUGUUCACGGGCACAGAGCUGAUGGAGGUGACCCUGAACAGCACAUCCAGCACCAUGUGGCUGGAGUUCAUCAGUAACAGUGAGAACACCAGCAAGGGAUUUGAGCUCCACUUCACCAGCUUUGACCUGGUGCGAUGUGAAGACCCUGGUGUGCCUCAGUUUGGCUAUAAGCGUGAGGAUAAGGGUCACUUUGCGGGUAGCACCGUGUCAUACAGCUGUGACCCUGGUUACACCUUAAAGGGCACUGAGGUGCUGACAUGCCUGCGGGGUGAGAGGCGAGCAUGGGACAGCCCCCUUCCACAAUGCCCGAGCGAGUGCGGGGGAACGAUCAAAGAUGAGCCGACUGGCCGGAUCCUGUCUCCUGGUUACCCGGCGCCCUACGAGCACAACCUGCACUGUGUUUGGAGCAUCGAGGCUGCGCCUGGAAGCACCAUUGGACUGCACUUCUUGGUGUUCCACACGGAGGAGGUGCAUGAUGUGUUGCGAAUCUGGGACGGCCCUCAGGAUGGUGGUGUUAUGCUCCGGGAGCUAAGUGGCUCCACCCUGCCCCCGGACCUGCACAGCACAUUCAACUCUGUGAGCCUACAGUUCACCACUGAUUUCUUCACCAGCAAGCAGGGAUUUGCUUUGCAGUUUUCAGUCUCCACAGCCACCUCAUGUAACGACCCUGGUUUGCCCACUAAUGGUACCCGCAGCGGCGAAAGCAGACAGCCAGGAGACAAUGUAGUAUUCCAAUGCGAUCCUGGGUACCUCCUACAGGGGGCAACCAAGAUCACCUGCACUGAGAUCAACAACCGCUUUUUCUGGAAGCCUGACCCACCCACCUGCUCAGCUCCAUGUGGGGGCAAUUUAACUGGUCCCAGUGGCCUGAUUCUGUCCCCUGAGUAUCCAGAGCCUUACCCUCAUGGUAGAGAAUGUGACUGGACAGUCACCGUCACCUCUGACUACAUCAUUUCUCUCACUUUUAAUCACUUCAGUCUGGAGCCCAGCUAUGACUUCCUGCACAUCUAUGAUGGGCCAGACUCCCUCAGCCCACUGCUGGGGAGCUUCUAUGGUACGGACGUCCCAGAGCACAUCGAGAGCAGCUCCAACACCCUGUUCCUGGCAUUCCGCAGUGACGCGUCUCUCAGCAGCAAUGGCUUUGUCCUGCAGUACACAGAGAACCCCAGAGAGUCGUGCUUUGAGCCGGGCUUUGUCCGGAACGGCACGCGCAGGGGCGCUGAGCUGAAGCUGGGGUCCACUGUCACCUACCACUGCGAUAAUGGCUACACUCUGGAGGGAGAAGGCACUCUCACCUGCAUUAUGGGGACAGACAGCAAGCCCAGCUGGAAUAAACCAAAACCAGUUUGCAUAGCUCUCUGUGGUGGGCAAUACUCUGGUUUAGAGGGAGUUGUGCUCUCUCCAGGUUAUCCUGGAAACUACAGCAGUGGAAGAACCUGUCUCUACUCAGUGAUCGUGCCAAAGGACUAUGUGGUAUUCAGCCAGUUUGCCUUCUUCCAGACGGCUCUGAAUGAUGUCGUUGAGGUGUACGACGGCCCCACGCAACAUUCCCGUGUCUUGAGCUCACUAUCUGGGUCUCACUCAGGUGAGUCCCUUCCAUUAGCUACCUCUAACCAGAUCCUCAUCCGCUUCACCUCCAAAGGACAGUCCACCUCUAGAGGCUUCCACCUGGUCUACCAAGCCGUCCCCAGAACGAGUGCCACGCAGUGCAGCUCGGUUCCGGAGCCCAGACAUGGGAGGCGCACGGGAAACAGCUUUGCCGUGGGUGCUGUGGUUCGCUUUGAGUGUAGUGCAGGCUAUGUACUGGAGGGCCCCAGCUCCAUCGAGUGCCUGACAGUGCCCAACGCCCUUGCUCAGUGGAACAGCACCAUCCCCAGCUGCGUGGUGCCAUGCGGGGGGAAUCUUACCCAGCGCACAGGCACCAUCCUAUCUCCUGGUUACCCUGAGCCCUACCUGAACAGCCUGAGCUGUGUGUGGAAAAUCACAGUGCCUGAAGGAUCAGGAAUACAGAUCCAGGUGAUUAGCUUUGUGACUGAGCAGAACUGGGACUCUCUGGAGGUGUUUGAUGGUGGCGACAACACGGACACCAUGCUGGGGAGCUUCUCAGGUACCUCUGUGCCAGCACUUCUGAACAGCACCUCUAAUCAGCUGUACCUGCAUUUCUUCUCGGACAUAAGUGUGUCUGCAGCUGGUUUCCGGCUGGAGUACAAGACUGUGUCCCUCACAAGCUGUCCUGAGCCUGUUCUGCCUAUGAACGGGUUCAAGGUGGGAGAGCGCUUGCAAAUGAACAGCGUCGUGGCCUUUCAGUGUGAUCCAGGAUAUACUCUCCAGGGAGUGUCCCAUAUCACUUGCAUGCCAGGAACCGUGCGGCGGUGGAACUACCCUCCACCACUCUGCAUUGCACAGUGUGGGGGGAUCAGAGAGGAGAUGGAUGGAACCAUUCUCAGCCCUGGUUUUCCAGGAAACUACCCUAGCAACAGUGACUGCACAUGGAGGAUCUACCUCCCAGUUGGAUAUGGAGCACACAUUCAGUUUCUCAAUUUUUCAACGGAGGCCAACCACGACUUUCUUGAGAUCAGGAAUGGUCCUUUUGACACCAGUACUGUGAUUGGCCGAUUCAGUGGGCAAGAUAUACCAGCUGCUCUUCUCACCACGUCACAUGAAACCACAGUGUAUUUCCACAGUGACCACUCUCAGAACAAGCCAGGAUUCAGGUUUGACUAUCAAGCCUAUGAGCUCCAAGAAUGCCCAGACCCUGAACCUUUUCGUCAUGGUGUGGUGGUAGGGGCUGGGUACAACGUGGGCCAGUCCAUCUCAUUUGAGUGCUAUCCAGGGUACCAGCUCAUGGGGCAGUCUAUUCUGACCUGCCAACAUGGCACAACACGCAACUGGGAUCACCCUUUUCCUCGCUGUGAAGUGCCCUGUGGUGGGAAUAUUACAUCAGACAAUGGAACCAUUUUCUCUCCUGGUUAUCCGGAGGACUACCCCAGCCCUGUGGACUGCACGUGGCUGAUCACAGUGGCCCCUGGCCUGGGUGUGCGCCUCAACUUCACCCUGCUACAGGUUCAUGGGCCCCAUGACUUUAUCACUGUCUGGGAUGGGCCACAGGAGACUGCGCGUAAGCUAGGUGUGUUCACAGAAGGGGAGCCUAAUGACCCGCCCAAUAGCACCUCUAAUCAGAUCCUCAUACGCUUCCGUAGCAGCUCAGAAAAGGGUGGGCUCUUCAAGAUCAACUACCAAGCAUACAGACUCCUCUUCUGCUUACCCCCUCCCAUCAUCCCCAACGCUGAAAUUCUGAUGGCCAGCAAGGAGUUUAAAAUAGGUGAUAUAGUGCGCUAUAGGUGCUUGCCAGGAUACCAUCUGAGUGGCAACAGCAUCUUAACCUGCCACCUGGGCACACACCUCGAGUUUGAGGGACCUCCUCCUUCAUGUGAUGUGACCUGUCCCAUGAAUGAGGUGCUAACUGCGUCUACAGACGUGAUUCUAAGCCAGUCUCCGGGCAGCGGCUUCCCUCACUUUGAGUCCUGCUCCUGGGUGGUGAAGGUGGAUCCAGGCUAUAACAUCUCAUUCACUAUUGAGCACUUCCAGACCAGCAGGCAGUUUGAUGAGCUGGAAAUCUUUGAUGGUCCAUCCAGACAGAGUCCUCUUCUCAUCACGCUAAGCGGGAACUACUCCUCCCCUCUCAGCAUUACCAGCUCCUCCAACAAAGUCUAUCUGCACUGGUCCUUCGACCACACCUCUAGCCACAAGGGCUUCCGAAUCCGCUACUCAGCGGCAUAUUGUAGUCCCCCUAACCCUCCAGUGAAUGGCUCAGUGCACAGCCAGACAGGCACAAAGCUGGGAAGUACCUUACGCUUCAGCUGUGACCAAGGAUUCCGUAUGAUUGGUCAGAGCAGUGCCACCUGCACUCGCUCCCCGCAGGGCAUCCACCAGUGGAAUGCUCCAGUACCCCUGUGCCAAGUGGUGUCAUGUGGGAUGCCCUUGGCCCCAGUGAAUGGCAGUGUGGCUGGUCAGGAUUUCACUGUUGGCUUGAGGGUUUCAUUCAGAUGUAACCCAGGAUUUCGACUGGCCAACACAUUGCCAGUGUCAACCGUUUGUCAGGAGUCAGGGAGAUGGAGCGCAAUGGAAACUCCACCCCGUUGUAUACCUGUCACAUGCCCUGACAUCAGCCACUCUGCAGUGGAACAUGGAAGAUGGAGGCUUAUUUAUGGUAUGCAGAAUCAUUAUGAGUCCAUGAUGAUGCUCACCUGUGACCCCGGGUACUUCUACAAAGGUCAAAGGGUUAUCCGCUGCCAGGCCAACAGCACUUGGGAUUACCCUGAGCCCAGACCUGCCUGUGAAAUUAUUUCUUGUGGGGACCUUGGAAUGCCUCCCAAUGGAAACAAAAUUGGAACCCUGACUGUGUACGGAGCCACAGCAAUUUUCUCCUGUAACACUGGCUACACUCUGGUUGGCUCCAGAGUGAGAGAAUGUAUGUCCAAUGGCUUGUGGAGUGGGUCUGAGGUCCAGUGUCUUGCUGGGCACUGUGGCACUCCUGACCCUAUAGUAAAUGGACAGAUUAUUGGUGAGAACUAUAACUACAGGGGCAGUGUGGUUUACCAGUGUAAUCCUGGAUUCAGACUCAUUGGUGUGUCUGUGCGCAUAUGUGAGCAAGACCAUCGCUGGUCUGGAAAGACCCCUGUCUGUGUCUCUAUCACAUGUGGACAUCCAGGCAACCCUGCCAAUGGUGUAACCCAGGGAUCACAGUUCAACCUCAAUGAUGUUGUACGCUUUGCCUGCAAUACUGGAUAUGUCCUGCAGGGGGCUACCAAGUCUCAUUGCCAAUCUAAUGGCCAGUGGAGCAAUGUGCUGCCCAGAUGUAAAAUCGUGAACUGCACAGAUCCAGGCCAUGUGGAAAACAGUGUCCGACAUGUCCUGCCCAGCGGGCCCCAUCGCUACAGCUUCCAGACCACAGUCUCGUACACCUGUAAUCCAGGCCACUACCUGCUGGGCACCAGCACGCUGACAUGCCAGGGAGAUGGCACCUGGGACCGCACCCUGCCCAAGUGUCUCUUGGUGCUGUGCGAUCAUCCCAGCAUGGCUCCGUAUGCUCAGAUCUCUGGGGACAGGCGUGCCGUGGGUUCAGUGGUCCGAUUCGGCUGCAUGGGCCAGCGCUCCAUCGUGGGCAACACCACCCGCGUGUGCCAGCUGGACGGCCAGUGGAGCGGCUCCCCACCGCACUGCACUGGUGAUGCUGUAGGUAGGUGUGGUGACCCUGGCUUGCCCGUGCACGGGAUCCGUCUGGGAGAGGAGUUCUUGGCGGGCAGCGUGGUACGCUUUAGCUGUGAGCCAGGCUAUGUGCUGCGGGGCUCCUCGGAGCGGAGCUGCCUGUCCAGCGGCAUGUGGUUGGGCAUCCAGCCCGAGUGCCAGGUGGUGUCAUGUGGGAAUCCUGGCACUCCCCGGAAUGCCCUUAUCCAGUUCCACGAUGGCCUCGUCUUCUCCCGCUCGAUUACCUAUGCAUGCAGGGAGGGCUACUAUUCCACAGGGCUUCUCACCCGCCACUGCACUGUCAAUGGGACCUGGACCGGAGACAUGCCCGAGUGCACAGUUAUUAACUGCGGAGACCCAGGUGUGCCUGCAAAUGGCCUUAGGCUGGGGAAUGACUUCACCUAUGGCCACAUUGUUAGCUUCCAGUGUUCACCAGGCUUCACCAUGGAUGCUGACCGGGCAUCCACGCUCAUCUGCACAAAGGACCGAACCUGGAACGGCACCAAGCCUGUCUGCAAAGCUAUUGUGUGUGGGCUGCCAGCCAGCAUCCCUAAUGGCCAGGUGAUGGGGACAGACUUCCAGUGGGGCUCCAGCAUUAGCUACACCUGUAACCAGGGUUACCAGCUCUCUCUACCCACUGUGCUCACAUGCCAGGGCUCAGGCAACUGGAGUGGUGAAAAGCCUCAGUGCUUUCCUGUGUUCUGCGGGGACCCAGGCAUUCCAGCUCAGGGCCGGCGUGAGGACCGAGGCUUUACUUAUCUUUCCUCUGUGACCUUCUUCUGCUCACCACCACUGGUCCUGGUUGGCUCUGCACGGAGAUACUGCCAGUAUGAUGGAACCUGGAGUGGGACUCAGCCAUCUUGUAUAGAUCCCAGUCACACCAGUUGUGUGGAUCCUGGUAUCCCUCUGUUUGGAUAUCAAAACAACACUCAAGGUUACCAGAUUGGCAGUACGGUGUUCUAUAGCUGUAGAAAGGGCUAUCUGCUCCUCGGUUCCAUCUCCCGCUCCUGCCUCCCCAACCUCACUUGGAGUGGUAUGCAGCCAGAGUGCAUAGCUCAUCACUGUAACCAGCCUGAGCUCCCAUCCCAGGCGGAUGCCAGAGCCAUAGAGCUACCUUCUCUGGGCUACACACUCAUCUACACUUGUCAGUCUGGCUUCUACCUGGCAGGAGGUUCAGAACACCGCACUUGCAGAGCUGAUGGCAGCUGGACCGGCAAGCCUCCCCUUUGUGCAGCCGAUAACAGGCCAAGUGGGAAAACAGUUGGAACUGUGCAAGAGUCACCAAACACAAAGCUUCAGGUGCCUAGUGGAGUGUUUGCUAAGAACUCUCUAUGGAGGGGAUCAUAUGAGUACCUUGGGAAGAAGCAGCCAGCCAUGCUGAGUAUAACUGCUUUUGAACCAUUCAGCAACCGUGUCAAUGGCACCCUUAUGGACCACAGUGGAGUGCAGCUCAAUCUGGCAGGUACCUAUAAGAGAGAGGAGGCUCACCUGCUGCUGCAGGUCCACCAGAUCCGAGGACCAGUGGAGAUCUUUGUUAACAAGUUCAAAAUCGACAAUUGGGCACUGGAUGGGCAUGUGUCAUAUAUGCCUUCAUCUAACUCCUUUGUGUAUCAAGGAUUUGUUAGAGGAAAAGGAUUUGGACAGUUUGGGCUUCAGAGGCUAGAGGGCCUGGACACAAAUGUGGAGAAUACAGGCUACAACUUUGCAUCUAACAGCAGUUCAGUGGCAGCAGCCAUCUUAGUGCCUUUUAUAGCCAUGAUUAUAGCAGGAUUCGCUCUGUACCUCUACAAACACAGGAAAAGACCUAAAGUUCCCUUCAAUGGCUAUGCAGGCCACGAGAACACCAACGGAAGAGCGACAUUUGAAAACCCCAUGUACGACAGAAACAUCCAGCCCACAGACAUCAUGGCCAAUGAGUCUGAGUUCACGGUCAGCACAGUCUGCACAGCUGUAUAGCCUCUGCUUGCUGCACAAGCCGAGGCCCUGUUAACCCCCCCUGCCCGCACGAAAGGAGCCCCCAUCUCACCCCACCCCACCCCACCAGGCAAGUCCAGGCUGUGUGCCUGGGCUAAAAGGGAUGAAUAGAAUUUAGCUUCAUUUUUAAAAAGAGUCUAAUUAUAGCAAGAAGCGAUCACUCCCUGGUGAUGAGGCAGUAAACAACAACACAACAACACUGGAACAGGAAAACAUAAGCGCUUCUUGGAGAUGUCCACAGCAGUGUCUGUUAUCUGAAACUCUACCUGUUCUUACAUGCAUCUACUGUUUUUUGGUGAGUUUUUUGUUUUAUUCCCAGGGUGAGCUUCUUGUGGAACUUGGCAUGACAGAAGGGAGGAGUGUGACACUCGACUCUGUUGCUUGCCAAAAAAAAGAGCGAGAGACAAGGAGUGGCUUAUUUUCACACUGGGUUUUAAGUAGCAAGAUACUACUUGGGCCAUAUGCUUUUUCCUCUAUGUGAAAAGGGAUUUGUGGACAGUCAUGGUCUGAGCAAAACCAGUGAGAACAACACCCUGGACAGUCGGAGCUUUGUCUUACUUUUCUACAUUUUCUCCAUGGAGGGUGCGUUUUUGCUUUUAUUUUCUUCACACCUGCACUGCAAGAUCACAGAUAACAGCAAAAUAUGUUCAUGGUACUGGUGUUCAGUGACACUUUCACGAUCGAUUCCUCUGAAAUUUUUACUUAAAGCCACAGAGGCUGAUUUGGAGUUGAAUGAGAUUUUGAGGCUUAUUAGAAGACAAGAAUUCCAUCAUUAGCACUGCUCUGUGAGAAAUAAAAUGGAAAUGGUGAAAGGUGGGGCAGAACUUGCGGCAAAUUAUCUUCAUUGUACUAUGAUUUGUUUGUUUGUUUGUUUGUUUGUUUGUUUGUUUCUUGGGGGGGGGGGUUCAGCAUUUACAGGAGGAAAAGUGAUGCACAUUCAGGGCCUAGACGACACCUGCGUCUAUUAUGUGGGCCAUCUGUGUGCCAUUGUCCCCCCUGCCAGUUCUCAUUACUCUGCAGUGAAUGUCCUGAGCUCCAUUCACUGCUAUUUAAACAACCUGAAGUAAACAGUAAAGGAGGGCUUUGGGUCCUGUGGCCUCCAGGCAGCAUGCAGAAACACUACUUCUUGGCUUUUUGGCAGUUGUGAAUUCUUUGGAGGGCUGCUGAGGUCUGUUUUCUCAGUCCCUUUGCUUUCUUUUUGAAAUGGUUGUUGACUUCUUUCUUCAAAGCUGACUUUCCUCAACACACGGAAACAAACAAAACAAGGACAACAACAAAACACUUUAAUGGAUUGUACAGGAAAGGAGCCUUUAGGAAUAGUCCAAGCCGAAACAUUUCGGCAAAUCAGAGAACAUGGGCAAUGGAGCUACGAUGGGCUUGCAAAGAUCUGUGUCCAACUAAAAAUGAUGUCUUCUCAGUUAGAUGGAUUGGUGAAUGUUAGGGAACUGCUCUAUGCAGCAGAUUAUUAUCAUACUUUCAGUCUGUCUUCAUCACUCAUGUCCCACAGACACCUUUAUAAAUAUCUGCCUAGAGCUGAUGACUACAAUGUCAGGCUGAAGCUUCAUAAAUUCAUUUAUAAUGGUACAGUUGUUUAGCAUACUGAUAUGGCGUUUGCUUCUUUUACAUGUAUUUGCCUGAUUUUGGCUUUGUACAGCCUUCAAAGCCUUUAAUUUUGUAGUGCCUACUAUCACUGGCGUGCAUUUCCAAUGAGCUUUUAAAAUUGCUGACAUAGAAAACUGCUUCUGAAAGAAGUGUCUGAAUUGUUCUUCAGUCUGUUUCACUUCUCUUUUGGUAAUUGCUUUUACAAUUAUUUUACUUUUUAAAUCUGAAGCUUAUCUCAGCUGAAUAUAAUAUUGCCCAGUGUUUGUUUCAAUUGUGAGUUAAUGGAAAAAGCAAAGAUUGUAUUUCCCUUGUGAUUUCACAGACAAAGUGAUUGGCAGGAACAUUGUCUUAAACCUGUUGCCAUUCACCUGAUUUUUUUUCUUCUUUUCAAAUUGCUUUAUCAAGUUGAAUGACAUCUCCGUUCACAUGUCAUUUGAACUGUGUAUCCUCUAAGCCUGUUUCUAAUGGUAAAAUGCAGAUUUUCCCUGAUAUACAUUCAGUGGCUAUUUUGCAAAGCAAAGAUGAUGAACAGUGUAUGACCUGAUUUACUGUUUUAGUGUUGACAUACUAUGAUAACACUUAGCAUAUAAUUUCUUAAGCAAACCCUAGGAAGAAAGGCAUGGAUUUUAAACAAGGGGGCAGCAAAAUCCCUUCUCCCCCUUUUUAUCUCACAUUUUAUACUUGGUAGACUAAGAAUCUUAGAAAAUUUAUAAAACCUGUGGUGUUUCUGGACUACUUGCUCGUCUAUUCAUACCUAAGCAUCUUGGUGCCUCUCCCUAACAUCUGGCUUUACUGAGGGCUCUGUCUUUCUCCAGU